AUGGUUUCUCAAAAGUCUACAAUAGUGUUAUUCCUUUUCCUUAUAUGUAUUCCAUUUUCCUCUUCAACAAUUGAAGAAACCAUAAUAACAUCUCCAAAGAAAUUAGACUAUCCAGUAGUUGCUCAGCCACCAUCAAACACUGAAAUCAAGUGUGGAUCAUGUCCUUGUGGAGAUACAUGUGGCGAUCAAUCUCCACCACCACCACCUCCACUACCUCCUUGCCAACCACCGCCACCGUCACCACCACCACCAUCACCUCCUCCUCCUCCUCCGAAAUAUCCGUCCUGUCCUCAAAAUUGCAACCCUUCGCCGCCACCACCGCCACCAAGAUUCAUAUAUGUACCAGCACCAGGUCAGACAAACCAACCUAAACCAUAUUGGAUAUAUUAUUACUCUGGAGCUGAAAAAAACAGAGCUAUGAAUUUUCUGGUUUUGGUUUUGGGAGGAGGACUUUCAAUUGCAACAACAGUAUUUGGAUGA